AUGCGACGUGGCUGCAGAUUCUCAUUCCACGUCACAUUGGUGAUAACGGCCAUCACUUACGUCUACUUCUCGACAGUGCUGGUUUUUAUCGAUGAAUGGUUGGGACUCGGGUCCUCACCCGGCAUGCUAAACUUCACCGUUUUCACAUUGCUAGCCUUCGUGUGCGUCUCCAGCUACCGUCUCGCUGCCUUCACUGACCCGGGUCGGGUCCCCGCCUCCUUCGUGCCCGAUGUCGAGGGGUCCGAUAAUCCUAUUCACGAGAUCAAGCGCAAGGGUGGUGAAUUCAGAUACUGCCAAAAGUGUUUACAUUAUAAGCCUCCCCGAGCUCACCAUUGUUGUACAUGUAAUAGAUGCGUUUUGCGAAUGGAUCACCAUUGCAUGUGGUUGAAUAAUUGUGUGGGCCAUGCCAAUUACAAGGCCUUCUUCGCGUUCAUAUUUCAUGCAAUCGUCGCAUGUAUAUACUCUCUGGCAAGUUUUUCCCCUUCGCUUGAUCAUUUGUCGUUAACCAAGUUUUGCUUCUCGGUAGUCAAUUUGCUUCUGAAAACUAUCCUGAAGGCUUUUAAGAAUCGUAUCAUUUCAGGGUUAUUUUUGAUCCCUGUAAGUUUGGUAUUGAGUAUUUUCCUUGGUUGGCAUAUCCAUCUUAUGUUACAGAACAAGACUACAAUCGAGUACUGCGAAGGUGUGAGAGCUAUGCCUCUUGCAGAAGGUUGCCAUCUUUAUACAAAUCCAUAUGAUAUCGGUGCACAUGAGAACGUGACGUCAAUUCUAGGUCCAAAUUACCUUUGCUGGGUUAGCCCCACUUCAGGAAAUGUUAGUUCUGGACUUCGCUUUAGUACAAAUAGCUUUGAAAGUUUUACUGCUGUGUUGGAGCUGCUCGAUGAUCAGCACGGAGAUAUGCUACGACAGUCCUUCUUGUGGCCACUGUACCAGUUGCGAGAGGUGCAGUACUCAGGACAGAUCAUUGAUGCAUUUCUAUGUCGGCUUCUGAGGCCAGUCGACGGUGAUUCCCUCCAGUUCGACCUCGGGGGCAAGGUCGUCAGUUUCUCGAUGUUUGAGUUUACAUUGAUCAUUGGACUGAGAAUUAUGGGCGACGAUGCAGCCAUGGAGAGAAGCAAUAGGCUGUACGAGACAUACUUCUAG